GCCAAACAAUUCAGCCUAACACUCACGCCUGUCUUAUUUGCAAGACAAAAACAGCACAAGAUUCAGUGUCUUGGAAACUGAUCUUGUAAAUUAAACUCAUAAAAGAGUGAAAAUGUACUAAUCUUUCUCUUAUAUUACCACUCACAGAUUGUCUGGACAAUAUUAGCCGAUAUGUUGCUGAUUUUAUUCCAUUUCUUCUGUUUCAGAGCUUAUUUAAUGGUGAUGAGAAUAAUCUUCCCUUGCUUGUGUUUGCAUGCUGAAGUAUUUUAUGGUCUGUUCCACCACACAUGUACACUCACAGGUCUUUGGCACGGUGACUGAAUUGCCCUUGACUCGUAAUGACUUUUCUAUUCGCCUGACUGACUGGGAUUCCCGCACCAGUAAAGAUUUUAAAAUGUCCUGACAAAAGAUGUAGACAACAAAGAGGGCCAGCCCAGCUCUGUUGUUCCUCUUUACAUGGUUACCAGCCGUCUUGUUGCUCCCUGUAGUAAGAAACAGUUGUAAGAUGUUUACUAAGAGGACAUCACCGCAGUAGGCGGUAACAUACGUGUUACCUUGGACUCCCCUCAGUUCCCCCUAUUCAUGUGCGGAAUCUCAUUGUUGGUGGGAACAUCAUUCAGGCUGGUGUUUUAAGGCCAGAGGGAGGCUCCCAGUUCAUUAGAGCCGUGUUUCGAGGGUUGGAGUAAGAGAGGGGUACUACGUCUUGUGGUGACAGCGAGUUCCCCGGGAGAUUCACAGAGUUUCGGGGGGAAAGGGCCAAGAGGUAUCGGUAGUGGAGUGGCUGAGCUAAAAGAAAGCGGAGGGACAGUCCUUGGAAGAUGGCACCUGCCAGUGUGGUUUUUGCCUGGUUACUGUUCACCAUGAGGAUGGUCACCUCGGCAGUGUAUCUGGAGCCUGAGGAGGAGGAGCUCAAUGAAACUGUCAUCUGUACGAACGACCAUAUGGAGGUUGUUAUUCCCAGCGCUUUUUUCCUCAACAAAGUGCCUCCAGUCCGAGUUUGGGAUUUGCAUUUGAAUGACCCAGAGUGCCGCGGCGUCGAGGUCGGAGACGACUACGUUUUCAGCAUAAAGACGAACCUCUCCGACUGUGGGACCAUAAUGACAUCGGAUGACACACACAUCAUGUUCAUAAACACCAUACACAACAACGAUUCAGACGUCAUAACAAGAAACUACAUCAACAUAACAUUCGUGUGCCGCUACCCCAUCAACUACAUGGUCCAACAACCGAACGGAGAAAACAUGAUCAGAGUUGAUGUUAAAACCAUCACUCUGAACACAGAGGACGGGAACUUUUCAGUGUCGAUGUUACUGUACAAGGAUGAAGCCUUUGAGGACCGAUGGACCACCGUGCCGUCGCUGACACUGGAGGACGACAUCUUUGUGAAAGUUUUCAUGAUACCGGCUCACCUGAUGCUGCGGAUAGAGAGAUGCUGGGCGACACCAACCAGCGAUCCUUACAGCAACAUCCAGUACACCUUCAUCAGUGACAGCUGCCCCGUGUUGUCAAACAAACAGACCCUGAGCGUGCUGAAGAACGGCGAGGGUCCGGAGGCCACGUUCAGGAUACAAAUGUUCAAGUUUGUCGGCGGCUCUUACACCAACGUCUUCCUCCACUGCAACGUCCAGAUCUGCCACAACAGCGUGGGGCUGUGCCAGCCAAACUGUUCAAGUGAAGAUGGACUGAUGAGGACACGGAGGGAUGUCCCUCUGUCCCAUACAGUGUCUUAUGGACCAAUCAGACGGCUACUACACAACAGUGAAAAGCCCAAUCCGAAUGCAGGCGGAGUCCCUCCCGUGGCGACCUUUGUUCUCGGGGGGCUGCUGGUCGUCUUGCUGCUGAUCACAGGAGUGUUCGGGAGGCUGUGGCUUCGCUCCAGGCGUUUCUACCCGGCGCGAGAGGCACAGCUCACCCUGUCCAACAUUCACCACAUCUCAGAGGUGGCCUCAUGAAUCAGGGAGUCUUGGGACUUUCUUGGGCAAAAAAAUGAACAUACAAAUACAUCAAGUGUACAUGAUUUAAACAUUUAUAAUAAUUAUGAAAGUCUUGUUUCUUUCCAUAGAAUUGCUUCCUUUCUAAAAUUGUAGGAAAUCAACUUAAAUAAUAAAAGUCUCUCUCUC